AAGUUUAAGAAAAAACUAAAUCACGGAAGAGAUCCUGCAGCCCUAGUUUGGAAAGUUUUUUUGGGGGGUCUCAAAGCAGAGGAGAUAGACGAGAAAAGAAACACAACAUUGGGCACAUUUGAACUGUUCGCUUGACCUGUAGGAAGUAUAUGAGAGAGAGAGAGCAGUCAUGGAGUCGGCCAUUCAGACGAUAGUGGGUGUCUUCCUGAAGUCAGCCAAGGGGAAGGAGAGUUUGGGAGGGAAUGACUUCCAGAAGCUAGUGAAGAGCCAGCUCCACAACAUCAUGAUGGACACGGACAGCUCCGAGGCGGUGAAGAAAAUGCGACAGGGCCUGGACGCCAACCAGGACGGUAAAGUCAACUUCGAGGAAUACAUGAACCUGGUGGGCUACCUGGCAACCUCCCUGAGCGAGCAAUGCACCGCCGCUGUGGAGACGCCAGCUGAGAGUGCGGCCGCCGCACCGGAGAUCGAGAGUACGCCAGCAGCAGCAGAGGUAGAGGAAGAGAAGGCAGAAGUAGAGGCACAGCCAGAGGAGGCAGAGCCAAAGGCAGCCACAGCUGUAGAGAAAGAGAAGGUUGAAGAGGCAGAAUAGGUGGAAGAGGCGGAAAAGGAGGAGGAGCCAGCACCAGCAGCAGCCGAGGAGGAGAAGAUAGAGGAGGCCACAUAGGAAUAUACCACCGGUCCUGUCUGGAUAUUACAAUACACACCAACACCAAACUGAUAUACAUCGCACUACCCUAAUACACACUACAGUACACUAUACAACCCACCCUUCAAACAGGUGUGCUGUAAUAACAGUAUAUGUUGGAUCCCCACAAUAACACAUUUAUUUUCAUACACACAUACAUACACCCAGUAUUUGGUACUAAAAUACACUAGUACACACUGCAACAUACUAUAAACCCCAAUCCAUACUUUCUUGAUAUACUGUAUAUAUAUAUACUUAGUAUUACUAACAUACAUUACACUAUAAUUACUUACAUUACAGCAGUAUAUGCUAUUAUAUGUUGAUAUACUUCAAACUAUAUAGCACACUAUACCUCAUAAUAUGGAUAUAUAAUACAUUCUGCCAUGUAGUUAUAUUUGCAUUCCUUCUCUCUCCCUUUGCCUAUCUACAAUGACGUAAUGCAAAACUAUACUACAGUACAUUCCACAAUGUACAGUCAAGUCAGGCCAUCUCAACUUGUUCUUCUGAGAAGGUUGCUUGGCUUAAUGGCUUUGCAUGAUGCAAGGAAGCACUGAUGCAUGGUUGCAUGACAUUUUCUACAGCAAAUUCUCUAGUGUUAAAUCAACACUGACAGUGUUACAUUUAACACUGGUCCAGUGUCUAUACGGGUCCACACUUUUCAGUG